UAAUUAAGGACAAAAAUGUUUAAUUUAUUUCUUUAUUUUAUGGGAUACAAGAUAUUAUUAGUUUAUAUUUUCUUGUUAAUAAUCCAAUAAAGAACCGAAUAAACUCAAACUCAAACUAUUUAUAAUGGCUAAGGAUAUUAUUAUUAUGUAUCAAUGGUACUAAUUUCUAAGUUAAUAUAUAGGUUAUACUAAUCAAAACAUAUUUUAAAAUGUUAAAAUUAGACUUAAACAACAUAUUUGAUUUAUAUUCUCUAUGAGAAUUUUUUAUUUUUAGUUGUUAAAUUAAAAUUAAUUAAAUGUAAUAAUUAGGAAGCAGAUACGUCAUAUCCUAAAACUAAGUUUUUAAUAUUUUAUAUGAAAUGAUAAACAAAGCGCGGAUUUGUAUGCAAGUGCAUAUUUUUACUUUGAUUAAUUAAAUGAUAUAUAUGCUAAGUAUGCACAAAACUUGGCAUGCAAAUUUAAAAUAUGAAGCUUUUUAGUGCAAACUUUGGAUAUUUAAGGUUUUUAUUUUACGAUUUUAACUGCAUUUUUUAUAAUUUAGUGAAAUUAAAGGUGUUUUCUAUACAUUUUCAAAGAAUUUUAUAAUAAAUUGAUAUAGACUAAUGCGGAUUUCCUGGAUACGUCCAGCAGUUACCAUAUCUUAAAUGGUCUUUAGCUAUCAGUACAUACUAAGAUAAGAAAAUAUCAAUUCAGAUCUUGGACCAUUGAUAUUAUAUUUAUUAUUAAAAUAUGUUUAUGAAGAAAUACAUUUUUUUUAUAUAAUUUUCGCGUGCAUAUUAUCAUUUAUUUAAGCAUUUAUAAUUUUAUGAAUCCAUGCUCUAAUCCUAAUGAUAAAUCUUAAAAUCUUAGCUAAAAGUUAAUUAUAGUUUUAAAAUUCAUUUUUUCGAAGUCUAUUAACUCAAGCUGAAAAUUCUGAUACUUGUGUUAUGACAUAAAUAAAAUGUUUUUACUAUAUUUCUAAAAAUAGUUAUUUUAUUUUGUUUAUGGAUAGACAUUUUUUUGACAAUAAAUCGAAAAAGAAUUUUAUCAUUAAUUUUGUAAAUGUAAUUGUAUAUCCAUUAUUGCAAUUUUAUUAUGACUAUUAAAUUUACUCAAAUACUGUCAGGUAUGUUCGAGUAUUAAACUAGAAUUUAAAAUAAAAAUUGUAUUUAAAAAAAAUAUAUAUUGCAGAAGUACUUACAUACUUAAAUAAUUUUUAGUUGCAUAUUUUAUAUUUUAUAGUUCAACAAAUCUGCUUCCUAGUACCAAAUAAACAAUAAAUAAAAAUACCAAACUAUUUUUUCUUCAUAAAUAUAAUAUAUUUACCAGUAAAAUAUUUAAAUUUCUAUUAGACAUUCUAUAAUAUAUUACAUAGAUUUAUUUCAACAGUAAUUUUGCAUUUGUAAAAAAUAUAAAAAAUAAACUUAUGGAAUCCAUUACCUUAAUGUAAUUUUUUUUUUACAAUUAGUUGUAGGGUAAAUUUUCUUUGACUUCUAUAUUGUUCACUACUCUUAAAAAGAACUUAUCUACAAAGCCUACCAUGAUAUCAACAAAUCUUUUGUGAGUAGUUAAUAAUUAUCUCUAAGUUACAAAUCGGUAUUAUCUACCAAAAUUAUUCUGAAAAUGUAGUUUCAUCGAAGACAGUACGUACAUCAACUCAGUUAAUUACGUCUAUUUGAAUGCGAAUGUUUUACUCUUAAUCCUGAUUAUUGUCACCCUCUCUAGGAAUAGUCAAAAACGAAUUGUGUUUUGAUUCGUUUCAAGACAAUGAUACAAAGAUGGGGAAGAUGCUCGCCAUCAAUGCUUCAAUGUCGCGCAUGGACAUUGGUGAGUGUCCAAAAAUACAUGAUAAUGCAUUAAGAGCAGAUUUUGAAAAAGCUCAACAAAAGUUUGAUCACUAUUAUGAUGUUGAUGCUACUGAACAUUUACAAGCAUUUAUUAGUGAUUGUGACCGGAGGACUGAAGCAGCUCGAAAACGACUAUUAGAAACUCAGGAAGAACUUACUGCUGAAGUUGCUGAAAAAGCCAAUGCUGUUCAUGAGUUAGCUGAGAAGAUAGGUCAAACAUUGGCCAAAGCUGAAGAAUUGGGUGCCCAAGGUUUAGUGGAUGAUAGUCUCAAGUUGAUGGGAGAAAUUGAAGAUCUGCGUAAAAAAAAAUCAGAAGCAGAAGAUACUUAUAGAAAUUCUAUGCCUGUAAGCAGUUAUCAACAGCAAAAAUUAAGGGUGUGUGAUGUAUGUUCAGCUUAUUUAGGUAUUCAUGAUAAUGAUCGAAGAUUAGCUGACCAUUUUGGAGGAAAAUUACAUUUAGGAUUUAUUAAAAUAAGAGAAAAAUUAUCAGAACUUGAAAAAAAUUAUGAAGAAAGACAUGAAGCUCGGCGUAAAUUUGAUGAGCAAGAGCGUUAUAAACGAGAUGAUAAAAGAAGUCACCGGUCUAGAAGUGGAGAUCGAAAUGAACGUCACCGACGGUCUAGGUCACGUAGCCGCCACAGUAGACAUCGUUCACGUAGUCGUAGUCGCAGUCGAACCCACAAACAUGACAGAAGAGAUAGAGAUAGACGUCGCUACUAAUAAUAAAUGAAACUGUUUCAUUUCAAUGAUACAUAAAUAUUUUUUUUAUAACAUUAAUUUUGACUAUUUUAAUAAUAAGAUGAAAAUAAAACCAGUUAUAUUAAUUUAUAUUUAAAGUAGAAGAAAUUUAAAACAUUAAUGCCGCUUCAUUAAAAAAUUAUUAUGUCUUUAGAAAUUACAUUUUUCUAUCUACAAUUUAAUCUGUUUUCAGAAACAAUGUAAUCACAAUUAUUAUUUAUAUAAUUUAUAACUAGUAUUAGCUUGCAAUUUGAAAACAAUAAAAAAAUAUUUAUAUUUGAAUAA